GCCAGUAAGCAGUAGCAGUCACAGUUAUUGCGUAUCCGUUAGCGGAUCUCGAACGCAACCACUACGUCGCCAACUGUUAGGCAAAACCGCGAAACUAAAUAAAUAGUGAAAGUGUGAAUAAUUACAACAUAAGAAUAACCAUUGGGUUGAAAGAAAAUCAAAAUGAAAAACAUAAUAUUCAUUUUCGCAGCUGUGCUACUUUGUCUCGGCGCUAGCUCAGUACGAGGUGACCUACUCGAUUGCACUGAUAAAAUUUUGCCAUCCCUCUCUGAUGUACCCAUCAUUGGACCAAAGGUGGCCAAUCCCGAGGAUAGUGCUGAGCAUCAGGUGCGCGAUUUCUUUAAAAAUGUCGGCUGUCAAAUAAAGAAGGGUGCCGAGAAGGUCUCAGAGCAGGCGAAAAAGUUAGGCACUGAACUGAAGGAGGGCGCUAAGAAGUUCGGAGAGAAAGCAAAGGAUUUGGGCACAGAUAUAAAGGAUAAAUUUGGAGAUUUCAAAGAGAAGUUUUCAAGUGAUUCUUCGGAGGAACGCGCAGUUCAUAAGCUGCUUAAUGUGGAAUUAAUAAAUCCAGAUAUACUCAAAGCGGAGCAACAGUGCGGACAUGGACAUAUUCUGGAUGCUUUGGGCAAUUGCAGUAAAUUGAGAAAGUAAUUUCAACUUGGAGCAUACUCCUUAUAGAUUCGAACCUACUUGAGUGAUAUUUAAUUCCAAAGAUUUAUAAAAGUAAAAUAUAGAAUGAUUGAUAUAUGUAGAAGUGAUAAACAAAAUAUCGAAAUGAAAUUGUAAAAAUACUUUUAUUAAUCCAACUACAAGCAAAUUUAUAGAUGAUACACGUAUUAGAAAGACAUACCUAGAGACAUUCAUACAAACAUAUUAUUGUUUAGUAAAAAAUAUUAAUAAUAAUAAGAACAGCAUUAUGUAUUGGGUUACCCCAAACGAAAGAUUUUUUAAAAGAGUGUAAACACAGUUCUUAAAUUUUUUAAUAAACUCAAUCAAUCAAUUAUGUAAUUUCCAUUUCGUUGGAUGACCUUUUUGCAAAUUCUUAGUAUAAAAUGGAUUUACUAUGCUAUAUUUAUAUGCAUUUGUAAUAUAAAUUCUAAUAAAGUGAUUUAAAAAUUGUGACGGAAA